UUGAAUUAUUGUGACGUCAUAAACAACUUACGAGCACGCACAGCAGGAGCAAGGACAUCGUCCACAGUCAGCGAGUAUUGAUGAUGGCUGUAGAUUGGGCUGGAUAUGGAUAUGCCGCAUUGGUGGCAUCUGGAGGAGUUAUGGGAUAUGUCAAAGCAGGCAGUGUUCCAUCCCUGGUUGCAGGGUUGCUGUUUGGUGGUUUGGCUGGGUUUGGGGCCUACCAGACAUCACAAGAUAACCAAAAUAUUUGGGUGUCUUUAGCCACUUCCGGGACACUUGCUGCUGUAAUGGGAAAGAGAUUCUACAGUUCACGCAAAAUCAUGCCAGCUGGUCUUAUUGCUGGAUUGAGUAUCCUGAUGGUGGCCAAGCUUGGAGCCGGGAUGCUACAGAAACCACAGCAAUCAUGAUGCAUAAAAUCAUGUUCUGCUUUUCAUUAAAUGUAUAUGCCUUUCUUACAGAUAUGGUAUUUUGUAUAAAAUGUACAAAAUAAAGUAUUUCUUGUACGUAUCAACAA